CCGCAGAGCUUUUUUUUUUUUCCUCCCUGUGAUGAGGCUUACUGCUACGCCUCAGUCACGUGGCUCCUCCUGGCUUCGCCUUCUGCGGCUCCUCAGCAGAGCCAGCGCUGUUGAGCCUGAGAUGUGAGAUGCAACUCAGAGGGACACGCUCAUAGAGGCAAAGUUGUGGCACGGUCAUCCCCGGACUAAAAGGUCCCGCAGCAAUAUCUCUCUGCCAAAAAGUACUUCACCGGUGACGCGCACGCCUUUCUAGGACGCACAAACCCGGAGCGAGAAAACCACAAAUUACGCGUGAAAUUAAACUAAUUGAACAUUGCGGCAGAAGCUCUUCGAGGACUGAAGGAUAUUUCAGCAGUGUUGGUUUGGGAGAGGGCCACAAUGCAACAGGCCUGCAAAGUGACGAUAACAACCAGCUCACAGCUACACACGGUGUAAAGCUAAUCUUGAUGCAGCCAUAGUAACAAGUGCCCUUUCGACCAACCAGAAUGACACUUGGAGAAUAGGCUUCUUGAGGUUUUUCUUCAGCUCCAGAGCCUUCAGGCAUCCCACCAAAUCAGCAUUCAAAGUUAAACCAAGGCAGCCAUGAACCUGUUUAAGAAGGAUGCCAUGACCAUAAAGAAGGAGAAGGAAAAAGAGAUUGAGUAUGAGGACCCUCCAGAUGGAGGUUGGGGCUGGAUGGUGGUACUGCAUUGCUUCCUGGUAAAUGUCCUCGUAAUGGGAACACUGAAGAGUUUUGGGAUCUUCUUUGUGGCUUUCCAAGACGAGUUUGGCGGUUCGUCUGAGAGCAUCAGCUGGAUUGGUUCCAUCAUGUCCAGUCUGCGUCUGUCUGGAGCACCCAUUGCCUCUGUGGCCUGUGCCAAGCUAGGAACCAGGGCGACCUCCAUCGCCGGGGCGGUGCUGGUUAGUGGAGGCUUCAUCCUGAGUAUAUUCGCCCACAGCGUAGUGUACCUCUACGUCAGCAUGGGAAUUAUAGUUGGAAUUGGUUUUGCACUACUAUACCAAGCCUUCUCAGUGGUCACAGCGAUGUACUUCCGAAAGAGGUUAGCGACAGCUUAUGCAAUUGGGCGUUCUGGGAUGGGUUUGACCUUUGCCCUUGCUCCCUUCACUCAGCUGCUCCUGGACAAGUAUGCUUGGCAAGGCGCAAUGCUGAUUCUUGGCGGUCUCAUGCUGAAUCUGGUGGCUACUGGGAUGCUUCUACGACCACUCAAUGUGAAGUCUCCCGUGUCCAACCCUACCUCUUCUCCCAUUCAAAAGAGCCCGGCUGUUUCCCUCAAGAGCUCCUCGGAGAAGGAAUACACUAAGAACUAUUUGAAUGGCUCCUCUCACUUAUCCAAUGGCAUCUCCAAAGCAGACUCAACCCCAUCCCCUCCUCCUCCCCCUCACAGGGACACUGAGAACCCGGGGGGGCAAUGUACUCCAGGGCUCCCGGACCAGUCCGCAAACCCUGAAUUGACAAGACUGGUCCUUAAUGGUGUAAAUGGCCAUGAGGCCCACAAUGACUUAGGUCAGUGUAAGCCAACAACACCAGACAUCUCAGCCGAGGUUAACGGCAGCAUGAAUGGCUCCACCAUUGUUGGACUGACGUCGCAUGCCAGCACACAGAGUGAGGUGACGGUCACAAAUGCCAAAGUUUUGGAUUUCUCCCUGCUGAAGGACCCAUUUUUUUGUAUCUACACUUGGUCCUUGGUCUUCAGCCAGCUGGCCUACUUCAUCCCAUACUUCCACCUGUCUGCCCGAGCCAGAACCCUGGGCAUCGGUCCCAUGGAUGCUUCCUUUAUCAUCUCUGUAGCAGGUAUCACAGAGACCAUCGCACAGCUGGCCUCCGGCUGGCUGACAGACAGGAACCUGCUCCAUAAAUACCACUAUCACAAGGCCUACCUGAUCCUCUGUGGCCUGGUCAAUCUGCUCUCCCCACUGGCAACCUCCUACAUCCUGCUGAUGGUUUACGCUGUCUUCUUUGCCAUCUUCUGUGGUGGAUACAUGGCUCUGCUGCUGCCCGUUCUAGUAGAUCUUGUCGGGGCGGACAAACUCAACAACUCCAUGGGCUUCUCCAUGUUCUUCGUUGGCCUGGGUUGCCUCACAGGACCUCCUUUGGCAGGCUUCCUGUACGACUACACUCAGACUUACGACUGUUCUUUCUACCUGGCCGGGCUCUGCUAUCUGCUCUCCUCCGUCUCGCUGUUCCUGGAGCCUCUGGCUCAUCGCUGGAAGGACAGAAAAGAAGUGACCCAGACCACGAGAGCGGAAAGCAGCUGUAAGACCAACGGCUGCUUCACCCCCGACCGCCUGCAGAACGGCGCUGUGUAGGAAUUAACCCAGAGAGGCCUGCGAUCUUGAACCAGCAUGCUCAUAACUUUCCAUGGGCUCGCAUACCUUCGACUUUGGUCUCCAGCUUAAAGUCGGGACCCAAAUGACCCUUAUUUCAGCAGCGGUGUAACGGGCUGAGAAGACCACAUUACCACGCCUGAGAACAUGCAAUAGUCAGGAUGAUGAACUUUCUAAAAAGCCAAAAUGUUAGUGUUUUUUGCAAUAUAUUGUAGCCCUUAUUCAUGUUCUUAGUAGAGGUAUAUGCAUCCAAACUAAAGAUAAUCCCAUAUAUAUAUAUAUAUAUUAUCCAGCACAACUAAUUAUUAGUUACUUUGCAACAAUUAAUUCUUCAAACACAACAUAUCUGUUUUCCAAUGCAAAAAGAAAACUCCAGUCACUUUACAGUAUCUUUGCAUUACACGGUAUAUUGCUGGAAACUAAGCUGUG